AUGACGUCCUUUUUCCGAGACCUCUUCGAGUCCAUCUUCACGCCGGGCCCCACGCCGACGCUCCUGGUCGCCACAAACGUCACGUUCGCGGCACUGCAAGUUGUGCUCGGCGCGCUCCUCAUCGCGACAUACAGCGUGCACUUUCUGGUGCUGUCGGGCCUAUGCGGCGGCCUCUGGGCGGCCAUCAACUGGUUCGCGCGGGAGCUCAAGGAACACCAGCAGCAUGAGGAGGAAAAGGCGCGCCGCGCGGCCGCGGCCGCCGCUGGAGGGCCGCCGGGGCUGACGUCUGAGGACAGCGAGACCGAGGUCGAAGGGACAACCGCGGCUUCCACAGCGAGCCUCCGGAAGGGAGGGCGGUCGGGCCCUCCGAAGCCCCCGGCUCCGGCCGUUACUGAUCCUGCCGCCGCCACGGCCAGCAACGAGGUCGAGGCCUUGGAGGCGCAUGGCGAGCUGAAGCACAGGGCGGCUGCUGCCGUGGCCGACGAGGCCGCGAGCCAGGGUACCAAGAGCAGCGCCAGCACCGAGGACGAGUGGGAAAAGGUGUCGGAGAACGAGAACGAGAAGGACAAAUUUCUCAUGAAAUGCGCCAACGAGACGGUCACGAUAGAGCUCAAGAAUGGCACCAUCAUUCACGGCACCAUAACCUCGGUGUCGCCGCAGAUGAACACGGCGCUGCGCAACGUCAAGAUGACGGUCCGCGGCCAGGAGACGCUGACGCUCGACUCGAUGAACAUCCGCGGCAGCACCAUCCGCUACUACGUGCUGCCUGACUCGCUGCCGCUCGACACGCUGCUGGUCGACGACUCGUCCAAGCCCAAGAAUAAGGCGCGCAAGGAGGUCGCUGAUCGUGGCGGGCGCGUCAUGCGUGGCGGGCGCGGCAGAGGCCGUGGCGGUCCUGGUGGUGGCCGUGGCGGCGGUCGCGGUAGGGGACGGGGCUAG